AUGCCUGACAUGUUGAUGUUGAUCAAUGCCUUGAAGGAAGAGAGCCCAGCUAUGCCCAUAGAGGGUGAUGCCGACUCUACACUGGCAGACACCAGACCUACGCCUUCAAGCUCCUCAAGGGCAGCUCACUGCAAGGCUGAGGCUGAAGAUUUUCAUGUGAUUCACGAGCCUUUUUGGCCGGUCCUGGUGCAGAUCCUUCGGAAUCAGGACUAUUCUGUUGUGCAACAGCAUGCCAACAUUGGCCUUUACUUGACCCAUACAUGCAUGGUGUGUGGUCUCUGGAACAAUAGAUGUCAAGAGCUACAUUGCCAUUACCAGCUGCACCAUCCUGAUCUGGUACCGGGUAUUUUUGUCAAGUCAGCGCAGAUCACCAAGAAGGUUGCCACGGACAGCCCAUGUGUCCUCUGCCAGAAGCCCUUCAAGAGAGGGCACACUUGCACUGUGGCCACGCAGCUUGCUGCGCUGAUGCUUCAUUGCAUGGACACACCUGGCAAUUCUCUGCGGUGUGACAUCUGUAGCACCGACUUUGAAACCAUGGCCCUUUUGCAUGCUCACUUACAUGAAGUUCAUGAGGUGCCUGUCCACGACUGGAACGCUGCUAGGGACUCGAUCCCUUCCAGCAAUGGCUGUAGUCAUUGUGGACAAGUCUAUGAGACGAGUGCUGGCCUCAGGAGGCACAUUACGGACGGACGUUGUCCGUACUUCAAUCCUGGAGCCACUUGUGCCCCAUUGAAUGCAGUGCAGAAGUGGGAGAUGCCCAUGGUUUCAGUUGCGUUGUCAAAACAGGAGCUUACGGCACACCAGGCUGCCAGAGGCUUCAAUUCACGCUGCACUGCCAACUAUGUGGUGAGCACUAUCAGCGCUCCACAGAUCUCAGUGCUCACCUUCAGCAGACGCAUGGUUCACUCUGGACAAAGGCAGGUGAAAUGGUCAGGUUCAUGUUGCAGACGAUGA